AUGAACUUCCAAGCCGGCUCAGGAUCUAACUUUGUCAACAACCCGAAUUAUCCGCCCGUUCCCAACUUGGAUGAAGCUGCUGAAGAGGAAAAUGUGAGGAUCGAUUCGCAAAAACAAUUGAAAGAACGUUGUAGAUGGCUCGAGGAAAAAUUCAAAGCCAUAGAGAGCGCGGAUCAUCAUCAAGGGAUUGAUGCCAAAGAUCUGAGUCUGGUCCCAGAUUUAGUCCUCCCCCCUAAAUUCAAAAUACCUGAAUUCGAGAAAUACAAUGGACCAAGUUGCCCUGAAGCCCACAUCACCAUAUUUUGCCGGCAAAUGACGGGAUAUGUUAACAAUGACCAGCUACUAAUCCACUGCUUUCAAGAUAGUCUGGUUGGAGCGGCGUCUAAGUGGUAUCAUCAACUGAGUCGAGCCAAGAUUAACUCAUGGAAGGACCUGGCUCAGGCCUUUAUGAAGCAAUACAAUCAUGUGAUGGACAUGACCCCUGACAGAAUCACUCUCCAGAAUAUGGAAAAAAAGUCAAAUGAAAGCUUCAGACAGUAUGCACAAAGGUGGAGAGAGGUAGCCAUACAAGUUCAGCCACCACUUCUAGAAAAGGAGACGACAAUGCUCUUUAUCAACACCUUGAAAUCCCCUUUUAUCACCCAUAUGUUAGGAAGCGCCACAAAAAGCUUCUCCGACAUAGUGAUGACGGGGGAAAUGAUCAAGAAUGCUGUGAGGAGCGGCAAAAUAGAGUCGGGAGAGAGUGCUAGAAAGUCAGCCCCAAGGAAAAGGGAUAAUGAAGUGAACAACACGAGCACAUUCAACAAGGGGCAGUCCAAGUCAAGUACCGUGAAUCAACCCAAAACGAACCUGUUCAACGCUCAUGUAGUAUCCCCUUUCUAUCUAGAGCCACUGCAGCCCCCGUAUCUCAAAUGGUAUGACACAAAUGCCCAAUGUGAAUACCACGCGAGAAUUACCGGGCACUCAAUCGAGAAUUGUACUGCGUUCAAGAAAGUAGUCAAAAGACUCAUUAAGGUGGGGAUUGUGAGAUUUGACGACUCAGUCACGCCCAAUGUAGCAGGAAACCCACUCCCCAAUCAUGUCGACCAAGGAGUGAAUGGGAUAAGUGAAGGCUUGAAUAAGAAGACCAAGUAUGAGGUGGCAGAAGUCAGGACCCCGUUGAGGUGGGUAUGGAAGGAGAUGGCCAAGAGAGAAUUGAUCGUGUUGGAUUCGAGGGAAGAAUACAAAGAAGAGAGAAACUACUGUGAGUUUCACGACAAUGUGGGGCAUGAAAUUCAAAAUUGCACGGAGUUCAGAACCCUAGUACAAAACAUGAUGAACAAUAAAAAAAUUGAAUUCUAUGAAGAGACCGAAAACCCUGUAAAGGGAGAUAUAUGUACAUCGGAGGGAGAAUCGAUGGCACAAAAUCAAACACCUAAUUAUCCCAUGGUGAUUAUUUCGAGACCCAAAAAUAAUGAAAUUGGAGUACAAAUGCCACCGAGGGUCAUAAUCCAAAGACCUGUAGUCUUCCCUUACCAAGACAGUAAAAAGGUCCCAUGA